UGCAUUGGUUGCUUGCAAGCACAACACAACACACACGACACCCCUCACACCCACUGAACCGCACCCCAUCCAACCAACCCACCGCCUCCUCCCAUUUCGACAAGCAAGCAAGCAAGCAAGGCUUUGUGUCAGUCACAUCAACAACACAACAUCAUACACGACUGCACUCCUCGCCCAUCUGCUUUCCUUUCCUUAGAUUGUGUGCGUGAGCCCCUGCUUGCUUGUGUCUUUGUUCCUGUUCUUGCUUUCUGUUCUUUCUGUUCAAAACCACACACACACACACACACGUUCGUCGAUCGUCAUGGUCGGAAGGCAACGCAGCGUCGUUGUGGCAGCCACCGCUGCUGUGGCUGUGCUUGUUGUUGUGGCGUCCGUCCUCGGCUGCGGCGUGCACGCGCAGCAACUCAUGCAUCCAUGCACGGAACCAGCGUGCACGGAUGACCCAGCUUCCACCUGUGAUGAAGCGUACCAGGGCGCCCUCAGCAGCAUCGAAACAACGCAGGCCUCCAUCGAACAGCCCGCGCAGCACCUGCUCAGCCUGUCUGGCGGAACCACGGAUGCAAGCGCGUUCCAAAGCCAGGCAUCCCAGGUCAGCGCAGAGGCAAGCACCCUCCAGUCACAGACAUCCACCACCCUGGGCGCCCUUGACGCGGACGCCCUCGCAGCCUCCACGCAAGCCGCAGUCUCCACCCACACAGACGUCUCUGUUGCCGCUGCGUCCCUGGAGGCCGCAGCAUCAGAGCUCUCCACCACCGUCUCCUCAACCAGUUCCCAGCUCACGGGUCUCAACACCCUCUUCUCCUCCACCUCUGCCGACGUCAGCGCCAACACGGCCGGCCUCUGCCCGACCAACCUGCCGCCAGCAGACAACUACCACUUCUCCGGCGACAUUGACGCCGCUGCCGGCGGGUACGGCUCCUUCCAGAUGGAAACCGGCGCUCUCCAGAACGACAUGCUCAUCACCUUUCAGGUGCAAGAGGGAGACACGCUGGGUAUCAUGCUGGCCACAAGCUCCAGCGUCGCGCCCACAACCCCGCCCCAGGACGGCUUCGUGCUCGCCGCGACCGAUGACCAAGUCCUCUUCCGCCUCACAUGUGACGGCACAACAACGGAGGUCGCCACGGCUUUUCAGGCAAACGCCUCCGUCCUGCACACCAUCCACGUGGUGCGCGAUGAGGCGGGCAUCCUGCUCCGCAUCGAUGGUACUGCAACGUCCACCGCCGUGCCCAGCUGCCGCCUCAAUGUCCCGGGCAUCGUGCAUGUGGGCACCCCGAGCCCCAUUGUGAUCCGCGGGCAGCCCCUCCCAUCUGCCAGCGCAUGCAUCCGCACCAUCAGCAUUGACGGCGUGCUCAUCGUGCAGAAGGGCCGCGCCUCCACCUCCUCCACCUCGGACGCCGAGUGCAGCCGCACAAUCUCGGACGUGUUUGUGCUCCUGGACACGUCAACCUCGCUGCCCACCAACUCGCCCUCCACCCUGCGCUCGUUUCUGGCCAAGUCCAUCAGCCCGCUCCUCUCCUCCACUGCGCUCAACGCGCGCGUGGCCCUGGCCCAGUUUGCGGGCCCAGGCAGCUUCAGCCUCAUCAGCCCGUUCACUGCCGACAACGCCACCCUCUUUGCCAACUUUGACGCCAACUACCAGCAGCAGGCGGGCCUCUCCUACAUUGGCACCGCGCUGCGCCGCACGGCGGAGGAGUUUAGCAUGAACUCGCAGGGCUCCAACCGCCUCCUCCUCGUCCUGACAGACGGCCGCACCACCGCCGACGACGUCGUCAACGUGCCCGUGGGCAUCGAGGCGCUGCAGCAGCUUGGCGUCGUCACCAUCGCCCUGGGCAUCGGCUCCAGCAUCAACAUGCCCACGCUGCUCGACAUCGCAGGCGGCAUUGAGGCAAACGUGCAGAUUGUCGGCGACGAGGCCGGCCUGGUGAACGUCAACCGCGACUUCAUCGAGGACAUUUGCGUCACCACCAUCCCGCGCCUGGCACUGUUUGAGCAGGUGGCCAUCAACAACUGCACCCAGCUCGGCUGCGCAGACUACGUGGCGCACUCUGCGCUGCUGCCGGACGUGCAGACGUUUGUUGUGGCCGAGAAUGAGCGCGUGAAGGCUGCGCUGCUUGACGAGGCCCGCGCUGCGAGUGAUCGCAUCUCGUCCAUUGGUGACUGGCUCACGGCCGCCGUGUCGCGUGCACAGUCUGCAUCGGCGCGCAUCGACGCGUACUCGGCCUACAUCGCCUCCAUGGACUACAGCGACGCCGUGGACGCGGUGUCCUCGCAAAUUUCGCGCCACAGCGCGGAGACGGAUGCGCUGUCCACCCUGGCCUCCGCUUUGGAGGCCACCGCCACCCAGGAGGCUUCCGCUGCAGAAACAGCGGCAGAUAUGAUGGACACGACGCUGUCCCGCCUGCGCGAGGCGCUCACGGGCUUGACCGGCAUUGACAUUGACGCAAGCCUGCUCUUGACGCAAGUUCUGGCCAAGCAGUCGGAGGCAACAGCCGCCGUGAACAGCGCCAACUCUCAGCUCUCGCUCGCCUCUUCCCUGCAGCAAACGGUGGUCUCGCUUGAUGGCCAGCUGUCUGUGAUGAACGAGGAGCUUGCCUCUCAGCUGGUGACCCAGCACAGCUCGCUCGAGGCCGCCGUGUCUGCAGCCCUGGAAUACAGCCUCCCCGUGAGUGUGGGCGAGUUUCGGAGGCGCGUGUCCCAGCUGCGCGAGUGCCUCACCACCAAGGUGGACCUGCGCCAGGAACUGAGCUUGGAGGCGAACGAGUUGGUGGCAGAGCACUCGCAACAGGUGCGGGUUGCAAACUCGCUUGAGGCCGCCGUUUCCGCGGACACGUCGUUGUAUUCGCAGCUGUCGUCUGAGCUGGACAGCGUGCAGAGCGGGCUGUCGAGUGAGGCAGAUGCGGCUGCUUCCAUCGAGGGACGCUUGGCCGAGGAAACCUCUGGCGUCCAAGUCAUGUCCACCACCACAUCCGAGCUGACGUCCCGGCAGGCAGCGGUGACAGCACGCCACGCCGAUGCAGCGGAGCUAACAUCGCAGCUUGAACUCGAUAUUGCCAGCACACAGUCCGUUGCGUCCUCCGCCUCAGAUGUAACGGAUGCGGCAGUUGAAUGCUACGACGCAGCGAGCACGAUCAUCAGCAACACGCAGGCAACGGGGUCCAACCUUCGCCAGGCACUGAAUGCCGUGAACAGCGAAGCGGCAUCCGCCUCCAUCGAGCUUGCAGGCACGCUGUCCUCGCAACUGGAUGCCCUUGCGAGCAACACGGCAGAGCAGCUUGCCCUUGCUUCACAGCACGAGUUCCAGGCCACGUCCCUUAUGACCAGAGAGCAGCAGGCGCGUGGAGCAGCUGAUGCUCUAUCCACCCUUGCCGACACCAUCGCGCCAGAGUGCUUUGAGGACCUUUAAUCAGUGCGUGUUUGUGUGUGUGUGUGUGUUUGUGUGUGUGUGUGUGUGUGUUUGUGUUGUGUGUGCGUGUGUGUGGGUGGGUGUCUGCCUGCGUCUUUGUGUGUUGUUUAUGCUUGUGUGCGUGUUGAAUUCUCCUCAAUGUGUCGUACUCCUGCACGUGUUGUUGUAAUGUAACCUCUCUGUUUCGUGUGCUUGUGUAUGAUAUUUGAAGCCUCCUCUUCUUCACGUGUCAUUUUUUGCUUUUCUUUCGUCUUUUGCCGUUCAUCAACACUCGUGGCUGGUUGCUGUUUGUAUUCUGUGGUGGAGAGUGGGUGUUGCGUGGGUGUGAGUGUCAGUGCAUCUUCUUUCCGUUGUCCAUGAGCCAUACAGACUCGUAUGUGC